UAGUGACUCGGGCUCCAGCAAUAUAUAAUAUAUAUAUAUAAUAUAAAGGCGCUGAACUGGCCUCCUGUCGCACUCCAUCCUCACCCCUCUCUGGCCGACAUCCCCAUCAUCACUUUUGACGAGGUUCGGCAGUCCAGUCCACAGCUCACAUCUAUCUAGAAGACCCGGAAGAUGCUCGACAAGGACAACAUGACCACCGACACGGAGGCCGACAAGGCCACUCCCCCGGGGGCGCAGUCGCCCAAGGUAAGAGAAGAAGAGACGGCCGGCGACGGGGGUAAGGGUAAGGAUGGCGACGACCCCUUCGGGGCCGCCAAGGCCGGGCGCGACAACGCCGAUGUGGUCUACCCGACCGGCAUCCGGCUGUUCCUCAUCAUCGGCUCGCUCUGCCUGGCCGUCUUCCUCGUCGCCCUGGACCAGACCAUCAUCGCGCCCGCCCUGGGCGCCAUCACGGACGAGUUCGGCUCGGUCAAGGACAUCGGCUGGUACGGCGCCGCCUACCUGCUGAGCACCACGGCGCUGCAGCCCGUGUACGGGUCCAUCUACCGCAUGUUCAGCGUCAAGUGGACCUACCUGACCGCCGUCUUCGUCUUCGAGGUCGGCAGCCUGGUGUGCGCCCUCGCGCCCUCGAGCAACGCCUUCAUCGCCGGCCGCGCCAUCGCCGGCCUCGGCACCGCCGGCCUCUUCUCCGGCGGCGUCGUCAUCCUGUCCUACACCCUGCCCCUGCGCCAGCGCCCCGUCGCCUUCGGCCUCAUCGGCGCCAUGUGGGGGAUCGCCAGCGUCGCCGGUCCCCUCCUCGGCGGCGCCUUCACCGACCACGUCACCUGGCGCUGGUGCUUCUACAUCAACCUGCCCAUCGGCGGCGCCGCCAUGCUCGCCAUCUUCACCUUCCUCCGCAUCAAGCAGGCCGCCGACGAGCAGGGGUUGCCCACCAACCCUCCUCCCCGCCCGACCCUGGUCCGGCGCAUCCUCCGCCUCGACCUGCUCGGCACCCUCAUGCUCGUCUCCUUCAUCGUCUGCCUGCUGCUGGCCCUGCAGUGGGGAGGCACCGAGUACGCGUGGGACAGCUCGGUCGUCAUCGGCCUCUUUGUCGGCUUCGCCCUCAUGGCCAUCAUCUUCGCCGCCAUCCAGAUCUGGAGGGGCGACCGGGGCACCCUACCGCCCCGCCUCUUCAAGAACAAGGACGUCGUCUGCGCCAUGUUCUUUUCCUUCUUCUUUGGCGCCGGCUUCUUCCCCUUGGUCUAUUAUCUAUCCUUGUAUUUCCAGGCCAUCCAGGGCGACUCCGCCGUCACGGCCGGCAUCAAGCUGCUCCCGCUGCUCAUCUCGGUCGUCGUCACCUCGGUCUCCGCGGGCGGCCUGAUCACGGCCGUCGGGUACUACAACCCCUUCGUCCUGCCCUGCAUGGUCCUCUUCACCGUCGGCGCCGGCAUGAUCACGACCUUUGAUCUCGACAGCCCGCUGCGCGUCUGGUUCGGCUACCAAGUCAUUGCCGGCCUCGGCAUCGGCAUCGGCUUCCAGACGGGCGCGCUGGUGGUGCAGAACAGCGUGUCGCACGAGUGGAUCCCGCAGGCGACGGCGUGCGUGCAGUUCUUCCAGGCGAUGGGCGGCGCCGUCUUCAUCGCCGUCGCCCAGGCCGUCUUCCAGAACGGCCUGGCCGACGAGAUGGAGCGCACCGUCCCCGGCCUGCCGCCCCAGGUCCUGAUCCACAGCGGCGCCUCCGAGAUCCCCCGCGUGCUCGAGCGCAUGCACGCCUCGCGAUACCUGACCGCCGUCCUGACCGCCUACAUGCACGGCCUGCGCAACACCUACUACAUCACCGUCGCCUGCGCCGGCGCCGCCUUCCUCGCCGCCUGCGGCCUGAGCUGGAAGAAGAUCCAGAAGCGCCGGCCCGCCCCCGCCGCCGCCCCCGCCGAGGGGGAGGCUGAGGAAGGGGAGGCCAAGGGCGUUGAUGUUACUAAUAACGGCUCGGAGAGCGCAAACUAAGACCUGUGAACCCUUGUUUUGAUUUUGCCACACACGCGUAUUAUAGGUAUUGGUAUAUAAUUAUCCCAUUCCGGUGUGGGCAAGAGGAGUUGGGGCUUCCUUGUCUGGGAAGAAAAGGAUCUUGCAUAAUUUUGUUUUUUGUUUGUUUAGAGUAGAACUAGAUACCCCCCCACUCUAGGCGCUUUUUCCUCUUUUGCAGAAUAGAAGCUCAAUAGUAGCUCGUGGGGGGUCG